GCCCCACUGGCCCCACGGCCCCCCCCCGACGCCACCUACGUCACUCCCGGGCAGACACGGCACAGCUGGGUGCCCGGCGCAACCUCGCGGGGGCAUGGGGACCCCCACCCCGACGGCUCCCCCGGACAGGCCCCCCACGUCCUGCCCCUCGUCUGCAGGUCAGCCGGGAGACCGAGGGCCACCUGGAAGCUGAGCGGCGUCCCCGGGCGAGGUUGGCAGAGGGUCGAACGCUGAUUCCUGCCGGGAGAUGGAUAGAGUCACCAGGCACCUGGUCUUCCAGCUCCCGCAGACCUCGCACAAGCAGGACUACGGCGAUGCUCCCCACGCCGGCUCCUUCGCGGAGUGGAGGGCCGACAGCGACGACGACGUGUUUGGCUCCGCUCAACGCAGCAGCCAGAGGGUGGAAAACGGCUAUGGCUGGAAAAUGAGGUCGAAAUCUCCCUCGUAUUUCCUGGAUGGCGGAAAAGACGUCUGGACCCCGUCCCCGGACAGGGAGUCCAGGCUGGAGGUGGUGAGGUCGGGAAGUUUGUACGACCUCAGGGCUUACAGAGGUGAGAGGAAGCCCUCCAAGCUUUACGAUGAGGACGAGCAGGAACAGUACAGGGUCCCUCCACCGAACAUCUCGCCCGAGAAAGCCAGGGAGCUCGAGGACGAGAGGAGGGAUGUCAUCCGGAGCCAGGUGAUGAGGAAGAGCUCCACCAUAGCUGAGAGGUGGAGCUCCAUGGAUGAGCUGAGCUCCAUAAACACCGGCACGGGUGACAGCAGGCACGUGGGCAGCUUCACCAGCAGCUUCGCCAUCUCCUUCGACAAGCCUUCCUCGGGGAGGGCAGCGACGCCUGUUGACCCUGAAAAUAUUGACACGGAGCAGAUCAACUUCUCUGCUGCUCGGCAGCAGUUCCUGAUGCUGGAAAAGACCAACCCGGGCUCUUUCGUCAGCCCAGGGCAACAGGCCAUGUCUCCAAAGCCAGAGUCAAUGAUGAGAGUCUCUAGGCAAGAGUGGCCCAGUCCUGAGAUGGCCACGAAGGCUACGAGAGGUUACGGUAACGCCGGUGCCUCCAGCCAGAGCAGGACAGACAAGACCGUUUAUCAGGUUUAUAGUGUGUCCUACAAGACGCCUGGGAAGGAGGAGGUUUAUGCUUCCAGAAGGGCUGAUACCAAAAGGUCAUAUCCCACCGGGAAAAUGUCCAGCUUGACUAAAGCGUCUUCCAGAGAGGACCUUGACUCCGGCUUGGGUGAGAUGUAUAACGAAGGCAACGCAGGCUACACCAGCGACGGGAGCACAUCCAACGAGGUCUUCAAUGGCCUUGUGGAUCUGAGGGGAGGGAGCAACGGCCUGGACAAGGAGACGAAGAUCAGCAACGAGACGCCCAUUGAGCGGGAGAUCCGUAUGGCGAUGGAGAGGGAGGAGAACCUCUGGAAGGAGAGGGGCAUCCAGCGAAUGACCUCCAGCAGCGAGCUGGUGGAGAUCCAGACCAAGCCUCUCCUCUCCAUGCACGCUUCUCCCGGGCCGGGCAGGAAAGGGAAGGACAAAGGCCGCGCUUCCCUUUACGUCCAGAGGGAAAUCGAGCAGGAAACCAAGCGCGAGGAAGAUCUGAAGAAGCAAGGGAGGCUGCUGGGGACGUAUGACAGGGGGACGCAGCAGGAGCUGGAGGAGCGCCGGAGGGUGUUUGAGCAGGAGGAAGCCCCCCUGCAGAAGCCCCCUGCCCCGAGGAAGGCGGACGAGCAGAGGAACUGGGUUAAUGACUUUGCGGCGGAGUCACCCACGAGCCGCAGCCCCCACCCCGCAGAAGACACCAGGGGCGGGAGAAGCCUUCCCAGCUACGCAGUGAGCACCGCGCACGUCCAGGCGUCCCAGCCGCCCUUCGCCGCCAGCGAGAAGAGCCGGGCCCAGCCCCUGGUGUCCCAGCACGUUUCCGCCAGCGCCAGCAAAUGGGGGAGCACGGAUUCCCAGGGAGGAAGGCUUCCCGGCUCCACCCCGAGCCCCGCCGGCACCACUGUCCUGCCCAGAGAGUACUUCUCCUUCUCCUUCUGGAAGCCCAAGGUCUCCUUCGUGGACGACAUGGGGACGCAGAGCCCGCUGAGGAGGGAGGAUGGCCGGGAGGAGCAGUACAAGCUGAGGACCUGGAAGCCCCAGACGUCGGCGAUGAUCGAGGAGGAGAUCCGGAGCGACCUGCAGCGGGAAGAGGAGCUGCAGGAGCAGCGGCGGCAGCGGCGGCAGCUGAUGGACGGCUACUCCAUGGCCGGCAGCGACGGCUUUCCCCAGGAGGGCUCCCGCUCGCGGCACAGCUCGGCUGCCUCAGGUGCCAGCGGCAGCUACUCGGUGUCCGAGUCUCCCGUCUCCACUCCUGCCUCACACCAGGGGGGGGUCCUGGGGCUCAUCUCGUCCUUCACCCCGCUGAGAGUGGCCGGUCCCUCCCAGGGCAGCACGGAGACCCUCACCCCCGACUCGGCUCGUUCCAGCCCCUUUGAGGAGCGGAGGAGGAGGGUGAAGGAGGAUGGAAAGUACGCCGGCAUCGAGCCCGUCGACAAGAUCAACACGGAGGUUGUGGAAAGCACCAGAGUGGUUCGUCACAAGAGCGCCAUGGCGCAGCGCUGGGAGGCCGGGCAGUACGUCAGGGAUGACGACUGAGGGAGCCCUCGGGGCCACCGGACUGCACCACGUACUUGCCCCGUUUGGGGUCAACUGACCGAAAUACCUGCUCAGUUCAGCUCCUGGUUAUCGUCACAAUCAGAGACUUGUACACUGCAAAUCGCGUCCGUUUUUAAUAUAACAGCCGAUCCUUCCAAUGCGUUACACGCGCUCGUCCCUCCCCCCUUCCCUUUGAGGUGAGGAAAUACUUUCUUUUUUCUUUUUUUUUUUUUUUUUCUUGAGAGGGGAGAAAUUGGAUCGCUUUCUUUUAAUCACUUCUGCGAGGAGGCGGCUAGAGGAAAUCAUACGGUAAUUUAACUUCUUUCUCACUGGAAGCUGUGUCUCUGCCUUAUGAAAAAGCUCUUUUAUUUCUAAGGGGUUUUAGGUUUUUAGGCCCCACACCAUCAGGGCCCCGCGUAGGAGGGCACCUAAACUGGUGCCUUUGGAUCAACAUCAGCGUCAAACUGGGAAAUCAACGUUUCUGCUUUAACUCCGGUGAUCUGCUGCGAUGCAGUAACAUAACAUACAUAUAUGUAUAUGUAUAAAUGCUGUUUAUUUUGCUAAUUUAUUAAAGAGUCCUCGCUCUC